AUGGCUACCACCCAGGCAGUUCAGGUGUUCGGCAAGAAGAAGAAUGCCACAGCCGUCGCGCGCUGCGUGGCCGGCAAGGGCCUGAUCCGGGUCAACGGCAAGCCCCUCAAGCUCUUUGCCCCGGAAAUCCUCCGGGCGAAGCUCUACGAGCCCGUCCUCAUUCUCGGCACCGACAAGUUCGCCGAAGUCGAUAUCCGCGUCCGGGUCGCUGGUGGUGGUCACACUUCCCAGGUUUAUGCGACGCGCCAGGCUAUUGCCAAGGCCAUUGUCUCCUACUACGCCAAGUACAUCGACGAGCACUCGAAAAACCUCCUCAAGACCGCCCUCAUCCAAUUCGACCGUAGCCUCCUGGUGGCCGACCCGAGGCGUUGCGAGCCCAAGAAGUUUGGUGGAAAGGGUGCCCGUGCGCGGUUCCAGAAGUCGUACCGUUGA